AUGUGCGCAUAUCCAGCCGCGCGCAAAUACAGUGUACGCUGGCUUGGGUCUCCGCCCGAGCAGGAUACUUGGGAUUCGCGUUCCUCGAUAUUGCGCGAGAUUACAGAUGUCUUUCGUUACUAUGAGUCUUUGGGGUCGGGUCAUCCCGGUGUGAUUGCAGGUGUAAAUUAUCUCGCGGUGAAAGAGAACGGUGAAGCAAUUUGCGAGGUCAAGAAUGAGAAGAAUACCGUGUUUUAG